CGGUGAUGUUCCUGAGCAUCCAGUCGCUGAAGCCCGCCUGAAGAAACAGCAGGUGGCGCCAUGGCCCGCGCGGGCAUGGCUCGGUGGCGGGCCAAGAACAGCUCCGGACCUGCUGAGGGCGGGGACGAGGUGCAGCGAUCGCUGGAGCUGCUGGACCGCGUGCUGUCAGAGUUCGACGACCUGGAGAACGGCAACGCGACGGCGGCGGCGGCGGCUGGGGCGGUGGCGGCCGGUCCACCCAGCAAGGCCGCGGCAGCGGCGGCUUCCAGCGUCGGAGGUUCCCCGCAGCCUCCCGAGGGCCUGCCCGGGGGCGGCGCCGCCGAUGACGGGGGCGGCGCGGCCGACGCGGACGGCGACGCCGAAGGCGACGGGGGCGGCGCGGCGCGCGUGCCCGAGAGCCCGCUCGGCCACCAGUCGGAGGACGACGGCUACAUGAGCAUGAACGGCCGCCGGCCCGCCAAGCUCGCGCUCGAUCUGCCACUCGCCCCCGCCUCCGCCGCCGCCCCCGCACAGCCGGCCGCCCCCGGCGGUGUGGCGGCCUCGGCGGCACACCCACCGCCGCCUCCCGAGGAGGCUGAGCGCAUCAUUUCUACGCUGCUACCCAGAUUGUCGCCGGGCAGCUGCGCAGCACUGGGCCGGCGGCCGGUGCGGCCAUUCCUGCUGUCGGGCUGCGGCGGCAGCCAGGAGGCGCUGAGCGGCGCCGCCAACGGCUGCAGGGUCACCACCGCCACACAGACCACGCUGCCGAAGACGCGCGUGGCGGGCCAGCUGAGCGUGUCCUCGCUGCGCUUCUCGUCGCUGCCGCCCGACUCGGCGCUGCAGCGCGCCGCCCGCCGCCUGCCGCCGCGCACCGUGCCGGGGGCGUGCGCCGCCGAGAGGCACCGCGAGGUGCGACGCCGCCGCAACGACGACAACUUCUCCGACGACUCGCUCGAGUCGGAGCCCGUGGGGCCGCCGGCCAGGGAGAGCGACCGCGCCGACGGGGCGGCCGCGGGGCUGCCGCCGCCCCCGCCGCCCACGUCGCCGGCGCCGCCCCCGGCGCCCUCCCCCAGUCCCAGCCCCGGCGCCUCCCGCCGGCCGCAGCGGCCGCCCGUCGCCUGGGAGGUAGCGCUGCACGACCAGCCCGGCAGCACGAGGGUCGUCGGCCGACGGCGCCGCCGCUCCGCCGAUCACAUUGCGUCCGGACAGCGCGGUCGCGGCCGUGUGGUGGUGGAGCGGCGCGCCGCCAGCACCGAGGACGACUCGGCGUCGGCGUCGGCGUCCGCGUCGGCGACGCCGUCGAGCGACGGCGGCACGCCCGAGUGGCCGCGGGCGCGCGCGCUGCCGGCGCACGGCACGUACGUCAUCCGCAAGGGGCGGCGGCGAGAGGCGCUGCCGCUGCAGCUGCAGCUGCCGCAGGUGCCGCCGCCGCCCGCGCUCGCCUCCGCCUCCUCCGCCGCCGGCGACAGCGAGUCCUCGCCGCCCAGCGGGGAGCUCAAGCGCUGCAGCUCCACCUUCGACAACAUACGCUCCCUGCUCAACGAGGGCCGCCUCGAGGGGCUGGACGAGCCGCCGCCCGACUUCCUGCCGCCGGCGCCGCCCGCGCUGGUGCGCGUCGUGUCGCUGCCCAGCCUGCCCGUGGAGCCGCCGCCGCUCGAGCGGUCGCGCUCCGACGGACACCGCCUGUCGCGCCUGCACGAGCUCGCCGUCACGCUCGAGGAGGACGACGACGACGACGCCGCGGACGUCGCCGCCGCCGCCGCCGCCGCCGGCGCCACUGUCCUCAACGGGCGCCGCUCGCCGCAUCCGGAGGCCGCAGCUGCAGCAGCCUCAGCGGAGCCCGAAGGCGAGCUGGCGUCCCCGAGCGGCAGCCGCGACGGGUACUGGCGGCGCGACGACGCGGAGUGCUCCAGCGUGGACGAGGCGGAGGGUGCGACCGGUGGCGGCGGCGGCGGAGGCGGAGGCGGAGGCGGCUGUUACUUCCUGCGGGGCCGCGGGCACGGCGACGCGCCCUCCGGAGGGCAGGCAGUGUCCGACGUAGAGAACAAGCGACGCCUCAGCCAGUGCGAGGAGGCCAUCCGCUGCAUCAUAGAGGGAGACCGCCGCCCGGAUUCCGACGCCGAGCUGCUCUUCCCGCUGGCCAACGGCAAGGAAGAGAGCCUCGACUUCUCUGACGCGGACGAUCGGCGAGCGACCAGCCAGAGCGAGGAACUCAGCUCGUGCAACAGCCUCGACGUGCCGGCCAGCUCCAGCCGCGAGGACAUGCUGGCCGACUCCAGCCUGGACGAGGAGGCACUCACGGGCAGGGAGGUGGGAUCGCGAAGUGCGCUGCGCGCCAGGCGGGGCGCCGAUGUGGAUCGCGUCAGGGUGCGCGACGGGGACCCCGGCUACCGGCGAUUCGCCCUCGACGGGGAGCGCUCGCCGCACGACGGCCUGGACGACGGGCUGCCCGAGGCGUCCAGCGCCGACCACGACGCCGACGUCAGCAGCCUCAACAGCACCGACAUCAACGGGAAGCUCAGCCAGGAGGACAGCCUCGAGGUGACCCCCAGCCCCAGCCACGACGAGGGCGUCAACUGCUGCAGCACGGUGACGGUGUCGGCGGACCUGGAAUUUCCGCCACUGCCGCCGUCCCCCGUGGAGGAGGCGGAGGACGAAUACUCGGAGAUCCUGCCGGGGCUGCCGGGCGCGCGCAAGGCCGACCCGCCCAAGGAAGAGGCCGCCUCUUGCCAGCAGCAGCCGCCCCCGCCGCCCCCGCACCAGCACCAGCACCCCCACCCGCCCGACGUGCCGUGCGAGCGCCGCACGCUGCCCCCGGAGCUGCCGCCGCACCGGCGGCCGCGCGCCUACGCGCCGCGCUCCCCCGCGGCGCCCUCGCCGGCGCCGGCGCCGGCGCCGGGCGGCCUGCAGACGUCGUGCUCGCUGCCCGAGACGCCCAUCUUCGCGCGCGGCUCGGGCUUCGACGUGCCGCGCACGCCCCUGCGCCGCGGCGCGCCGCUGCUGCCCGAGCUGCCGGCCGGCGGGCCGGGCCGCGGCUGGUACCCCCGGCACCGCGCGCGCCCCGCCUCCUCGGAGCACCUGGACCGCCUGGGGCCCGCCGGCUCGGCCGCCGGCGCCCACCACCACCACCACGCGCACCACCACCCGCCCUGGGACGCGGCGCGCAAGCCCACCACGCUGCCGCCCAACCUCUCCCCCAAGUUCUUCCACCGCUCGCCGCGGGAGGCGCUGCGCCGCGUCACCAGCCUCCUCAUCCGCAAGGGAAGCAGCAGCAAAGAAUCCAAGAAGGAACAACUAUCGCCGACAGGUCUUGGCAUGGGCAGCGAGUCGCGGCACAAGCGCGGUUUCUUCCGCAGCCUGUGGAAGCGGUCGCGGCACUACUCGCUGGAGCAGCAGUAGCAGUCGGCCGGCGCGGGCCCCUGCGGCUCGCGCCAGUUCGAGGACGCUCUGGAGGACGACGCGCUGCCGCCGCCGCCGCCCCGGCGCAGGGUGCUGUCGUGGUGCGGCGCCGAGUAGCCGUCCGCGCAGGGGCUCCAGAGGGUCCGUGCAGGCACAGGCAGCCGCAGUCCAGCUACUCCGUGUCUUCAGCUACUGCCGCCACCGGACACUGGGUGACAGGUGCCUCUCAGCAUCGAGAAAUACGAUAAAGUGCUACGAUGAAAACUUUUUGGGGACCAGGCAGUACUGUGACCGUGUGUCGGCGUGUCUUGUACUAUAUUUGACGUGAUACCAAUAUGACAACAUAUGUGAGAGUUUGGGAAGGGCACUUGACGGCUCUUGCUGUUACAAUCCGUAACUUUUGUGCCAUUAUAAAACGUCUGCAACAAGUCGGGCUUUAACCUUAGGGAACCAGAGUAUCCAUCAACGGCAUAGCAGGACGGAACUGUUCAUUUCCAAAUGAACAAUUGUCAGAAACUGCCUGCAGGUGUUUCUGUUGAGAAAGCCCUUCCUUGAAAGUGCAGUUUAUUGGACUGAUUUUUGUAAAUGGCUAAUCGAAUUAUUGGGAGGCCCGCACGCUUUCUCACUUGCAGCUAAUGCAAAUGAAAGGACCAGCCAGUACAAACUGCGCACAGGGCUUGACAAUUUCCCUCUCGCUCGUUGUAGAUGCACGAAUGAAAACACGAUAUUGUAGGCAAAAGUAUAAACAUUUCAUGGUCGAUGUUGUCCUUACACAUGCAGACUGCAAAUAGCUUUAAGGGCCUUAAUAUUUCGGACAAAAUUUCUCUUGCAGUCGUGAGGCGCAUUUGAAGAUCAUACGCAGCGUACUGAAUACGUCUUAUCAUAUCUAGACAGAACAAAAUGUGUGACUGAUGCCAACAGCGCAUACAGCCAGCACUAGAGAUGCGUUAUAGAAAAAGGGCGUCUUUUUUUUUCUUUCUUUCUUUCUUUUUUCAUUGCUUCUCGGGAGAGAAGAAAAUUACGGGUGGUAGGAUGUUAUGCUUAGUGUUCCAUUUUUCAUUUCCCCUGGUCACACGAGCAGAUUUAUCUGUUCAAAGCACAGCAUGGGACAAUCCUAUCGCCAUGUACACACUUCGCUUCGUAUUCUCCGAUAAAAGGAGACAUUACUUGCAGAGCGCAGCUUUGAAUAUCCUCCAACAUCUUUAUCCGAGAGCCUCGCUAAUGCGCAAGCAGAAGCUCUUGCGUUCAGCUGCAGCAGUCUGGUGUCAAUUGUAGUUAAUCUGAUCCUAUGUUUCAACCGAAUUCGGGUUUUCGUGUAAACGGUACAGUGGAAUAUCAGCUUCUUCCCAUUCUGUUUGUACGCUCUGCAAAGUGUCCAUAAACGUAGGGAUAUCAAGAACAGUGUCCUGCAGAGUUUCUGUGUAGAGACGAAAGUAUGUUUGUGCACAUGUGGCGACUCUGUAAGGCCGAGCAGACAUGCUGCACUUCCGACGUAACGACUUGUACAUAGCGACGUGAUUCGUGUAGGGAGAUCACAGCAGCCAGACGGCUGCUAGCAACUAAUCUCUAUUUGCGCUGUAUUAUUGCUUACAGUAAGCUAGUCCCGGUGACCUGGCAAACUACGGCGGGAGUUCUUCGUCCCUCUUCGUUGCCGAAGAGAGAACAUCAAGGGCCACCGCACGGCGUGGACUAGAGGUGCGUGAUACGCACUAACCGCGCCGCGAUGCGAAUCGGUGUACAGUUAAUCCUGAUCGCCAAGGGACAGCACCGUACAUAUGUGUGUGCGUGUGUGUAAAAUUAACAGUUUCAAUUAACUUUCAAUGUCAGGUUUUUAUCUUUAAUAAGAGUGAUACCACAGACUUUUUUGUGAAUAAUAAUGCACGCCAGCGCGUGUGGCGAUAUAUUUUGCAGUAGCGGUAGUCCCGGUCGGGUGUGUCUGAAAGCGACGACAGGUUGUUUUUUAUUGCGUAUUCGUUGUGGAGCUUUGUAUUCGUAUCCGCGUCACUUUUGAAUUGCCUUAACACGUAAAAAAAAAGUUUUCACAUUUUCACACAACAUAGUAGGAGAAACAGGCAGAGUACCACCACUACCCAGUUAUUGUACUAACCAAAACGCACAAUAUGUAAGCUGCCACUGCCCAGGCCGCUGGGAAUAAUGCUUUUAUACGUACAUUAAUGCUGGUGAAUGUUCUUAGCUUAGGUUAUAUUUUCACGACUUUGAAAAUAAAACAAUGUAAAUGUGCCCUCGCGUAGAAUUGAAAAAGGUUCAAAGAAAAAUUGUGAUGGUUUCCAUGGGACUUUGUAAAAAUUCGUGGAGUCUCUGGGAAGCGAACAGCGAGAAGAGUCGGGGAUAAAGAAAGUAAUUUCUGCUAACGCUUCUCUAAUGUGUCAAUAUGUUCAUGAUAUUAUUAUUAUUAUUAUUAUUAUUAUUAUUAUUAUACUGACAAUAUCGAACAACUUAAAACUGUUUCAUUGCAAAAAAAAAGAGCAAGCUUCAUUUGUCAUAACAACAAAAUGCGGGGAACGAAGAACAAGGAAAUAUUGCGAUUUGAGACUUCAAAUUUAGCUUUUGUUUCUAGCGUUGUCAGUUUCAAUGCUUUCGCUUCCCAUGAGACUCUACAGCACUGUACAGCUGUAAAGAAAGGAAUGGUUUUGCUUGUACACAACUCAGCUGCUGGAGAGCACAGCAGUGGCAAGUCAAUAAAGGAGUACCAACUA